AUGACUCGUGGCAAUCAAAGAGACCGCGAUCGCGCGAAGAACAACAAGGAGCAGGCCAAGAAGAAAAGCAAGAACGAGCUUAGUGGUACAGAGUUCCAGCGUAAGAAGGAGAGCGAUGCUGCCAAAAUGCAAGCCAAACAGAAAGCAGCCGAUGAGCGCCGAGCUGCCGAAGCACUUGCAGCAGCGAAGAAAAAAUAA